GCGUGUGUGUGUGUCUCGGAUGCCUAUAAAGUGCGAAGCUGGCUGUCAAAGCGCCAGUGUUUAAUUUCCACUGUGUGCCAGAAGGACUAAAGAGCUUCAAUAACUUCUCGGGAGAUAAGCAUGGCUUCGACUUUGAUCUCCUGCUUCCUCUGUGCGGUUGUUCUGACCCUGGGGCACGCGUUUACGCAGGACGACAUGAAAGACGCCCUGCUGAAAAAGCUCGGACUCGACGAGGUUCCUCAGAUACACAAGCGGGACCUGGAGAACCUUGUGGUGCCUGCGCACGUGAAGAGCAAAUAUGUGUCUAUGCUGAAGCUUCACCACGAGAGGAGGCGCCGCUCUCUGCCCAGUCUGGCAGGGAUUUUACGCGGCAUUCCAGGCAACGCAGACAUCUCCGGGGAGUUCGUGUAUUCCGACACAACUCGUCAGCGCGUGGUGUUCGAGAUGACCUCGAGGAUUCCCGACAACAGCGAGGUGACCAUGGCCGAGCUGAAGCUUUACAAGAAAGCGCCACACAAGCGAGCCAUGCCCGAGAGGAAGGGCCAGAGGCCGGUCAACAACGCGCGGGUCAGCGUCUACUGGGUGGAGGUGCUCGGGAACGGCUCGAACCGCACUUCCCUCGUUGACUCCAGGUUGAUUCCCAUCCAUGAGUCGGGCUGGAAGAGCUUCGAUGUCACACAGGCUGUACAUUACUGGUCCAAGAGCGAGAGGAACACACCAAUGCACCUGGAGGUGUGGAUCGAGGGCGAGAGACACGGCAGUUACGCAGCGGAAAUGGCCAAGAGCGUCCAGUUUAGCACCCAGGAGCCGAGCGACAUCCUGGGCAAACCUGAGCUCGUCCUCUACACACUGAACCUGGAAGAGUUUGGCUCCCAGGGCGACUGCGAGCCAAGCAAAAGCAGGGAGACGUGCUGCCGUGAGGAGCAUUUCAUCAACUUCCGCGCUCUGACCUGGACGCAGUAUUGGGUGAUCGAGCCCGCGGGUUACCGCGCGUUCCGGUGCGCGGGGAGCUGCAGGCAGCCGCAGCGCGCGCCGCACGCGUACGGAGCGCGCAAAUGCGCGGCGGUGGAGAGCGCGCCGCUGCCCAUGAUGUACCUGGUGAAGAAGGGCGAGUACACCGAGAUCGAAGUGGCCGAGUUUCCCAACAUGAUUGUGGAGAAGUGCGGCUGCGCCAUGGACAACGUGUCCCUCGUGUGAGGGCACCCCCUCCAAAAAAAAUCUUCAAACGUACAGUACUUAACAUUUUUCUUUUAAAACUGGAACUAUUUUUUUUCCUUUUUAUUCCUUCUUUUCUCCAGAAUCUCCUCGAGCACUUUGUAAAAAGUUGUUAUGUAUUUGAUGUAUUCAAACGUAUUAUUAUUAUUUGUAUUAUUAUUAUUAUUGUUAUUUUUUUUUUUCGCAUUGACAGUCGACAUUAAACUGAUUAAAAGCUCUAUUUUGGAUCACUCUUUCACUGCGUCGACAUUUUUCCACUGCCGUGUGUGUGAACGCACAGUGUUGAUUGGAGUGUUUGUGUUUGCAUGGAUUGCAGACUGUUGGCACACAAGUCCAUCACAGCUUUGUUUGCUCGGUUUUGCAUACACGACACUAAACGCGCAUUGUGCGAGCUAUAGUUUGAAGACUGUCCAUCAAACUCGGUGUAGAUCCAUAUAUGAACCUCUCACUGAAGUUCUAUCACAGGAGCUCUGUAUAUAUGCUCUAAAAUGUUUUUCAGAUAAAAACUAAGUGCUAACAGAGUACACAUGCAACCAUGGGCGUAAAUCCCGGGGGGGAGAUAGGACGGAC